UUCCAUCGCAACUCCACACGACGCCGCUCUGAGGUUCCCGCUUGGCUUCGGCUCCACAUCUAAUGCUCUCUCUCUCUCUCUCUCUCUCUACAGUGUCGUACAUCUGUCAGCGGCGGGCCUCACUUUCGAAGGACUUUCAUGGCCGAUCUGAUCACUAUCUUCUGCUCCAUGAAGACAAAAGCUUCGGGGAACAAAUUAGUACAUAAAAUAAUAAUAGUAUAAUACUCGGUGGUUAUUUAAUGUUAAUGCAAUGGCUUUUAGUUUAAGAUUGUGCGGCAGGGGUCUAGGGGUUGUUGGAUCCCCAUGUUUCAGUCGACUAAUCCCUGACUCAGUGUUUCAUCCGUUCUAAAUAAAUCUAUCGUCUACGCAGAACAAGGCAGAAACGUUUUUUCUUUUACUUUCUUUUUGCCAUGUCUGGCUAGAAGCAUUAUUAGCAGUAAAAAGAUGAAGCGCCUCUUGGAUUCUUCUGGUUUCAGGCUGUGGUUUGAAACGAUGCAUAUCUUUAUGGUGGCUGCAUGAUAAUUCAACCUGGAGGUUGGGAUUUGACAGAAUUAAUGGGUGAAUCAAUGGUAGAAGCUUUGAAUGUGGAAAAUAAGCAGAUGAAUGCAUCUUGUCCUACACUGGAAGUAUCAGUUUCGUUUGGUAGGUUUGAAAAUGAUUCGCUUUCUUGGGAGAAAUGGUCGACUUUUUCCCCAAAUAAGUACUUGGAAGAAGUUGAGAAGUGUUCAACUCCUGGAUCAGUUGCUCAGAAAGCGGCCUACUUUGAAGCCCAUUACAGGAAAAUGGCUGCUCGGAAGGCUGAACAGCUGGAACAAGAGAUGCAAAUGGAAACUAAUCAUUUGAUGAAAGAUGAUCUAACUGGCGAAGAUCAUGCUGGAAGCACUUCUGAGAAGCUCAGUACUGGCCAUGUUCAGAACUCUACUGGAGAAGUUGAGAAAGUCACUAAUAUAGCAACGGCUGUAAGUAGCAGCCACUCUGAUGAAUUCAGUGAUAAAGCAGCAGAGGUUGUUGAGUGUCUAAUGUCAGCAGAUGGUGAAGGUAAGGAAGAAAUAUAUGGUUUACCAGAAGGCUGUGAAAUAAAUAAAUCAGAAGAAGCUGUUUCUGAAACAGAGACUCAUCUAAAUGUAUGUGACGAGAAAGUAGAAUUGGCGCGUCGAUUGAUCCAUGAUGACGCUCCUACAAAUGGAUUCCAGGACAAGGUAGAACCCCCAAUUAGCUUGGAGAAGGAGACGGGAAAUCUUCUGGGAAACAAAACAGGGAAAGUGAAAUUGGAUCCACUGAACAAAUCUCAAAAGAUGAUCCCCUCAAGAAGGGAGAACAGCUUGGCAGGAAUAAAGAAGAAACCGGCAUCCUCUUUACCCAAAAUAUCUCCUGAAAUUUCCACCCCAAAAACUUCAAAAAAAAUGCCUGCCUCCACUCUGAUGUCUGCUUCUCGACCCUCAACAAAGAAGGCAAGCAGUCCAUUAUUACCAAGGAAAACAAAUCCUUCUACACGAGAGAGCAGGAAACCUGCUCCUUCAUCCCUGCACAUGUCUCUGAAUUUGAGUUCUCCAAACUUGGAUUCAACUUCUUUUGCAACUAGGAAGUCUCUAAUUAUGGAAAAAAUGGGGGAUAAGGACAUAGUUAAGAGAGCGUUUAAGACAUUUCAGAACAAUUUCAGCCAAGUAAGAGCUUCUGGUGGGGAGAAAUCUUCUGGAAAAAACGAGGUUCAAACUAUGAGGCCAGAACAAAAGCUGCCCACUUCUUUGACUUUCCAGAAACAGAAUGACGGAAUAAGCAAAGCAACAGAGAAGAUGGAUUCUAAAAGGGCUCAAUUGGGAAAAAGCUGGAACCCUACUUCAGCCAGGUCAUUGAAAGGAGCUGAUAUGGAUCAAAAGCACUCAAAACCUGCCCUAUCUUUUGUCUUUAGAAGUGAUGACCGAGCUGAGAAAUGCAAAGAGAUUCUCAAGAAUGCGGAGGAAAAACCAUAUGCAAAAGGGACAGACCAAGCACGCCAUUCUUCAAAGGAAGAAAACAAGGCUGAGAUCAAAAAGCGAAGUCAGAAUAUCAAAUCCAAAGCCACCCCUAUGCCAGGUGUAUCUCAGGGCCAUUUAGUAUCAAAAGGACCUGCGGAUAAGGAGGAAGCCAAGAACAAUCGCCAUCGUCAAUCAGAAUUUAGCAGGUGAAAAUUAAAAUACAGUAAAUUACCCAGGGUAAAUGAAUUUGUGAACCUGAUUGGAAUAUGGGAGCAGAGCAAGCUUUAGAGAAUAAAUAUACAGUUAAGGCACAUGUAAAGAAGAAAUUGCUUCAUUAAGGAGCCAUCCCAUCUCCAUGGAGGCACUAUCUAUGCUUGCUGAUGACAAGAAAAAGGUUGAGGUUCUUUGCCAUUCUUCCUCUGAAUUAAAAUGUUGUGUAGGAAAGGAAAUGUUAGAAUACAUCAUAUAGACGUGAUCAGUCCAUCUUAUUAAGAACAUGAAGUGCUGUAAUUUACAUUGAUAUAUCUAUGUCUAUAUAUAUAUAUAUAUAAAUAUAUUUGUGUUAUUA